AUGAGUUCGCAUGUGCGCUCGCAAGUUUGCUUUAUGGCCGAAGCUCGAACUGCAGUUGCCACACUUGAACGGCUUCUCACCAGUAUGAGUCCGCACGUGUAUUUGCAAGCAUUCUUUUCGCCCAUAGCUCGAAUUGCAGUGACCGCACUUGAAUGGCUUUUCACCAGUAUGAGUUCGCACGUGCCUUUGCAAGCAUUCUUUCCGCCCAAAGCUCGAAUUACAUUGACCGCAUUUAAACGGCUUCUCGCCAGUAUGAAUUCUGCAGUGCUUCCGUAA